GAUGGCAACCUGUGAUGGCAGCCAGUGAUUGGUGAUGGCAACUCUCUGGCAAACAUUCAACUGAUUUGUUGAAUGUUUAUUCAAUAAUUUUUAAAAAGUCAUUUAUAUUUCUUUGUUUUGUUCUGUAGUAAAACAUAAUUUAUGACUUCUUGUUUAAGUUAUCUUAUUUUUGUUUAAAAGCCGCUGGAAGCAAAACCAUAUUUAAAUAAUUUCACUCAUUAAAAUGGCUAACAGGAAAGAGAGCCUCAGGAGAGCUUUGGGUAUUUCGGAAUAUCCCUGGAGUUCCGACGACGAGGAGAAUCAUGAGAAUCAAGGACAAAACGCAGACCAACAACAAGAUACGUCAGCCACACCUGAGGAAGUGGAAGUAGUUGAUUUGGAUGCACCUAGAUCUGCUAGUUAUAGUGCUCCACCACAAGCAGCUGUGCAAAGAUCCCAAACAAGAUUGGAGAGGGAUCUGUUCUGGUCCAUUAUGAACACCCCUUGGAUACAGCCCUGUGCACCACCACGACCUUCAUCAGCUUAUGAAGUGCCUAGUGAAAGAGUGGAUUUAAACUGCCCUGUUUCUAACAUACAGCGUGUUUGGGCGAUCAAGAAACUUUCGAAUAAUCUGAACCAAUACAACAGGAAUCGCUCACAAAAUCGUCCAUCAUCAAGUGGUAUGCGAGUGAUCUUCAAUGAGGCUGGUGGGGAGGGACCGUCCUCAGGGGGAGUUGAAAGAAUUCGGCGACUGGCCAGACGUCGACUCACUGGCACUUCUAGAAAUCCUCCAGAAAGGACCGAGCAAGGUGGUAGUUCGAGGCAAGACGAUGUUGCAUCAACUGAAGAGCAAGAUAAUGCAGAAGAAAAUGCUAAUCAUAUUGUGGAAGUGGCAGAGGAACCAUCGGAACAAGAGAGAUCAUUCUCUCCACACAUAGAGGAAGCGACGCCGGGUGAAAACGAAGUCAUUGAAGUUAAUGCGGCACUGAACAGCGUGAGGAUGGAAGAAGAAAUAGUGGAGAUUGAGCCGGAGGGUGCCGCUAACGAGGAAGCCGUUGUGAAUUCUGACAAUGCACAACAAGUAGAAAAUAAUGAGCAAUCUACAUCUGAUGGACAGCAGGGACGUAAAAUAAAGAGGAAGAUAGAAAUUCCGGAUGAUGAUUCUGAGGCUUCGAGUCUAAAAGAGAUUAAUCAAAAACUGCUCCGGCUGCUGGAGUGCCCCGUGUGCCUGGAGUGGAUGGAGCCGCCGCUGUCGCAGUGCGGGCGCGGCCACCUGCUGUGCGGGCGCUGCCGCGAGCGGCUCAGCGUGUGCCCCAUCUGCCGCAGCACCGUGUCGUCCGUGCGCAACCGCGCUAUGGAGGCCGUGACCGAGCUGGUGCGCUACCCGUGCCGGCACGGCUGCGGGCGCGAGAAGCGGCUGCGCAAGCGCUCGGCGCACGAGGCCAACUGCCCCUCGCGGCUGUACCGCUGCCCCGCGCCGCUCUGCGCCGACCGCGCGCCGCUGCCGCUCGCCGACCUGCCGCACCACUGCCAGACGCGUCACUUAUCAAUGCUGCGCAUGGGCCGGCGGCACAAGCUGCUGGUGCGCGUGAACCUGGAGCUGCACGAGAACUGGCUCGUCAUGUGGAACCCGCACCUGUUCCACUUGCGGCUGGACGUGGAGCUGAACCGCGGCCUGUACAUGUACGUGUCCUAUAUCGGGCCCAUGGCGGACGCCCGGAAAUUCCUUUAUGAGGUGACGGUACAAGGGCAGCACUGCGACCGCAAGCUGGUGUACGCGCGCGCCACGCACAGCGACCUGGAGUGCUCGUCGCUGAACGUGACGCGCAAGGACUGCUUCCACCUGCCGUUCGAGCACGCGCUCAACUACCUGCGCGGCCGCUCGCGCGCCUGCGAGCCCGACCGCCCGCUCGAGCUGUGCGUCGAGCUGCGCCCGCGCGAGCCGCCCGCCGACGAGCCGGCCGACUCCUGAUCGGAGUGCGUCGUGUACGUCAGCGAGGGCCGCGUCGUGCGCUACGAGACGUGCCCGCUGACGGGGGAGCCGGCUGGCCGGCCAUGUUAUGGACAGUGAAGCGGGGUGGCUAAAUUGUGGAUGGUGGAACUGGAUUGCUAAAUUGUGGGCGGUGGAGCUAAAUUUCUCCGCAGAUAAGAACAGCAUGACUGGAUAGAUAGUGACAUAAAGUAAAAAAUACAUUAAUGGUAGGGUGCUGUAUUGCUAAAUUUGAGGACAGUGAAGCUGGGUCACUCAACUGUGAAAGGCAGACUAGACAGAUAGAAUAGGAUUUGGUAUUUUAGUAGGUGGAGCUGGACUCCCGGUGUUGUGUAAAAGAGAGAGAUAGAGCUACAUCUGGCAAUUGUCGUCGUAUUGCUGCUCCCACUACUUUGAGGAAUGAAACAUCAAGAGAAUUGUAACAUAGCACAUAAACCGAUUUCUAACUGUAACAACAUGAAGUUAAGAGAAUCGGCUCAGGAAUGGAAUUUGGCAAGAAACACGCGUGUGAGA